AUGCGUCGACAAAAUGUCAACAACAUGCCGGAGUCUUUCGGAGAAACAGAAAGCGAAGGAGGAAGAACCGUCAUACAACAAAGAGAUCAUGGAAACCAGUCAUCUCAUAACAUCGUGUCAGUAAUAUCUCAGUUCGCAGAUGAUAAUUUAACACUUGUGCGGAACAUAAGCACCGGGCUGGCAGUUGCUGGCGUUGUUGUAAUAGCAAGGAGUAUCAAACUGAUCACCAGAUUUCAAGCUGCGUCCGAGAUCCCUGCUCGUUUCAUCGAGAGGAACGUCAGCCUUCGUGGGAAAGUUCAGUCGAUCACAGAGAGAGGAGUUGAAGUGGAACAUGUCCCGAUUUACCUGCCGGUCCUCUCUCCGUUACUUUCAAAACACAAAGGUGUGUCCACAUCCACGAUACUGGUGCAUCUUGCAGGGGUGGAGUUGACUCCAGAGGGCAGGGAAUGGCUGCAGAAGAACUUGGCUCCUGCCCAAACAGUCUGGCUAAAACUUAUCAGCCGAGAAGACGACACGCUGCACUGUUUGGUGUCUCGAAGCAGGCAGGGGUUGAUGUGGAGCUACUGUGUGAACGAAGAGGUCCUCCGGCUGGGCCUGGCCCGCACUGCGCCCGUUGUCGGGGUCCUGCCUGACUCGCGCCUCUACUGGCGUGUCCACAAGCGGCUGCACAGGGCAGAGGUCAGAGCCGAGAGGAAGGGGCGGGGACUGUGGAAGCAGGACAGCCUAUGGGAGAGGGCCUCCAGGGCUGUCAGGGACAGCGCUUUAUUCAGACUGAUGAGGAGGAUCUUCAAGAGGACGUGACAGAUUGUUCCAAGACAGAAUUGAUUUUGAGCUCUAAAAUAAUCAAAAGGUGACGGAACACAAUCUGUUUUGCAUACCUGUUACUGCCAACUCCUAAACUAAGACAUCUAAAAUGAGUCUUACUACAGGCUAAACAAAGUGGCACCCACCACUUAUCUGUCAAUAUGUUUCUCAAUGUACAGUUACAGUUACAUUUCUUUGUUAUUACAAAACAACAAGAGUUGUAAUUUCUGCUUUACAUUCCUUUUUACACCUGUUGCAAAGGUUCAUGGUGUAUUUUAACUGUAAUUCACAGGCUUUAGAAGCCUGAAAUGAUUAAAAAGCUUGUUAACUCCCUGA